AGAAGGUGUUGCAAUUUGCCAAUAAUUUCAAUUCCUUCUUCUAAUUUUGGAGAUGGGCUUUUCCAGGUCUAUACUACUUCUGCUAGUGCUGGCCUUCUUCACUUGCUGCUUCAGCUUCUCAUCUACUGAUGCUACCAGUCAUGAUCUUAACCAUGGUGGAAACAUCACCAUAAAUUGGGAUGUCAUCUCCUGGACAGCCGAUGGCUACGUUGCGGUUGUGACCAUAUACAACUAUCAGAGGUUGAGAAAGAUCCGAGAACCAGGUUGGACAUUGGGAUGGAGAUGGGCAAAGUACGAGGUGAUAUGGACUAUGAUAGGAGCUCAAACAACAAUGCAAGGAGAUUGUUCCAGAUUCAAAGGAAACAUCCCACAUUCCUGUCGGAGGGCUCCGGAAGUUGUGGACUUGCUGCCCGGUACUCCUUACAACCAGCAGGUAGAAAACUGCUGCAAAGGUGGGGUGCUUAGCUCGUGGGGCAGGAAUGGAUCUAGAGCCGCCGUGAGUGGAUUCCAACUCGCUGUUGGGCAAGCCGGAAGCACCAAUACAACCGUCAGCUUGCCCAAGAAUUUCACCUUUGAAGCGCCGGGGAGCGGCGGAGGAUAUGCUUGUCGACGGCCCAAAAUUGUGAGGCCUACAAGAUUCGUGUCCCCAGAUGGGAGAAGAGUGACACAAGCUAUGAUGACAUGGAAGCUGAGUUGCUUGUACUCGAACAAAUCUCCAAAAGUUGCAUAAUCUGCCCCUCCUCAUCCUCAUUCAAAACAAAAUGCCCCGAAAGAAGCCUCGUAGCUAGAGGGCUAUAUAUAUAUAUAUAUAUAUAUAUAUAUAUAUAUAAUUGUAUAUAUGUUCCUCAUAGUUUUUUGCAUUUCAGUUCUGUUUUGUUCCAUUGAAAUUCUGAAUUUGUUUAAUCGCUUGUUGCCUGUUGGCGUAAAAUAAACCCACUACUGGUUUACUGCAAUGUUUGUGGAUUUGUAAUAAAGUAUUGAGUAUUAAAAAAUGGUAUUAGGGCUUGAACCAA